AGCGUGAUAUCAAGUGUUGUGUGUGUGGUUUUUUUUUUAAAUUUUGGUUUUUUUUUUGGUUUUUUUGGGGGGAGGGGUCAGUACAAACACUCAGCUACUUGAUAGUUUUAAAGGAACUUUGAAAGUAAAAGAUUGGGGGGGGGGGGGGGGGGGGGGGUGAGUGCAUGUGUACGAAUGAUAUAAUAGUUUUUUGCAAAGUAGACUUUACAAUUCGGAACUAAAAUGUUCCUUGUCACUAUUUGUGAUUUACUGGCACAUAUAGACUUCCGGUGGUUGUCAUACACACAGAUUGGCCAUGCUCAGUUGGAUAUAUUCAAUGUUGUUUCAUCAUUUUAAUGAAAUAGAUCUACGCUUUUGCGUUUUCAGCGGUUAUGUCACCUUCAAAGAUGUGAUCACCUUGCAGUACUGGUUUACAUGUUGAAAAAAAAAUUUACAAAAGAGAGAGAGAUAAAGCAAGGUGUCCUGAAUCCAGAGUUUGGUGAUAAAUGGUGGGGUAUACGCCUGAGAAGGAAACUCAGCUGUUUGCCUCUGAACAGGCUUUGGCAGGAGCAGUUUCCGGAGCAGUCAGUCGUGCUUUAUUUCAACCAUUUGAUGUACUCAAAAUCCGAUUUCAACUUCAGAUCGAGCCAUUAAAAAGAUCUGAGACAUCAAAAUACUGGGGUAUUACACAAGCCACCACCUCAAUCAUCAGAGAGGAGGGUGUCUUAGCUCUGUGGAAAGGACAUGUUCCAGCCCAACUUCUGUCUGUUUUGUAUGGAACCGUGCAAUUUGUGGCUUUUGAGGUCACCACAAAAUUAGCCUGGCGAGUUCUGCCCGAAGAUGUAUACAGUGACCACAAGCCCCUGACACACCUUCUUUGUGGGGGUAUGGCAGGGUGUGCAUCAACCCUAGUGAUACAGCCUGUAGAUGUCAUGAGAACAAGACUUAUAUCUCAGGGGAAACAGAAACUGUAUUCUUCCAUGAUAAAUGGGAUGGUAACUAUUACUCGCACUGAGGGGGUGCGUGGUCUUUAUCGAGGUAUCCUGCCAGCCAUGUCACAGAUAGCCCCUCAGAUAGGACUUCAGUUCAGCUUCUAUACUCUCUUAAGAGACCUCUGGAAAAAGCUCUUGCAUAAAAAUGGAGAAGAAAUUUUAGAAAUUCAAGGCAGUGCUGUUUGUGGAUCAGGUGCUGGGCUCAUUUCUAAAACCCUGAUUUACCCAUUAGAUGUGAUAAAAAAGAGAUUACAAGUUCAGGGAUUUGAAGAAGCACGUUCAGAGUUUGGCAGCACACGCCAUUAUAGAGGAAUGAGACAUUGUUUAUUCACGAUUGCGAAAGAGGAAGGUAUCAUUAAAGGGUUUUACAAAGGUCUGACCCCAAGUCUAUGGAAGGCAGCACUUGUAUCUGGUUCCAGUUUUUAUGUGUACGAAAAAAUUUGUCAGUUGUUGGAAUUCAGAAAGAAAAGAGAUAGAAUAUGUAGGAGUGAUGAUAAGAUUUGAAAUGCAUGUACAUGUACCAGUAUUUAAUCUGUUACAGUUGCACAGUCAUACUAAACUCAUGAAAGUAACAUUUUUAUCAGCAUAAUAGUAAAACGUGUGGAUCUGGUAGAGACUCAAUCUAGACUCGGCCCUCCUGAUAUUUUUUUUUAAAUGUAUACUGUAUACAGGGACAUAUUUGCUCCCAUUUAUUUUUGCCCUCAUUGUCAUUUGGUGAAUGCAAGGCUGGGUAAAUUUAAAUGAGACAGAGUUGUCUUUUCUCUAACACUACUAGGUCUGGGAGAAUUUAAAAUGGGGCAAACCAGAAGAAUUUAAAAUGGGGCAAAACAGAAUGGUAAAAAAAAAGGGAGGACAAAAAUAACCCUGUAGAUAGUAUUUGUGACAAUUUUGAUGCAAUAUUAAAGCUUGAAUUCAGAUUCCUUUAAUAGGUUAUACCCCAUCUUGGAAAAAUCAUCAAGUAUUAUCUACAGUUUAGGGCAUUAAUUCAAGGGUUUUAGAAAAUUUUAAGUUAUCAAAAUCCUCAUCUGAAUUUACAAGAAUGUGAUGCAAUAAAUACCUGAAAAUGGUUUAGACUUUAUGGGUAAACUAAAAAUAACCAAUGCUCCCCCAGAAAUCUAUAUCAAUCAAAUUUAGAAGAAACAAUUUUCUCACCAUGUAACAGAAUUCAUAGAAAAUACAUUUUGUCAUAACCCAUAAUGUUGUAGCAAUGUAAGACAGAAAAUUCUCACACGGGUCAUAUUGGUCUCACACUGGUGAUCUUGUGAGAAGUUAGAAUCUCAUUCUUGGUAUAAAAGUUGACAAUGACUAGACAAUAAAGGAAGGCCAUUUGGUCAUGGUCAGACGUGCUGGUAAUUAAGUAGAAAUAUUGCUUAUUGAUCAAGACGAAUAUUGGUAAUAUUUUUCCUGACUUUAACAUUACAUUCCCUUUGAUCUCUAAAAAUUCAGUUUAAAGAUGCAUUGAACAUGCAACAUUUCCAAUAUUAAUUUAGCUCCACCCUCAUGUAAUUUAAUCAAUAUUAAGGUAGCUCCACCCUCAUGCGAUUUAAUCAAUAUUAAGGUAGCUCCACCCUCAUGAUUUAAUCAAUAUUAAGGUAGCCCCACCCUCAUGUGAUUUAAUUAAUAUUAACUAAAGGUAGUUCCACCCUCAUGAUAUAAUCAUUAUUAAGGUAGCUCCACCCUCAUGUGAUUUAAUCAAUAUUUAGGAAGUUAGCUCCACAGGUGAUGAUUAACAAUGAACACAAUAUUGUAACUGUACUUGUGUUGUAUUGGUUCAGUACUUUUCAUUAGUCCAAACAUAUACAAGCCUAUCCAGCUGAAAAAUGUUUCUGUCAACUCAAAUUUUGUAAGGGGCUACAUUUUAUGGUAGAAGGAUUGUUUAAUCAAAAAGUCUUAAAUCUGUACAAUUUUACAGUUUCUGUUUUAUUUCAUAGAUUAUCGUUAUCUUGAUGUGUAUUUUAAUUUUGUAAUUUAUGAUACAAGCAACAGAGACUUGGAAUUAAUUCACAUGUAAUUUCAUUUUCGCAGCUAAUAUAAUGUCACAAUGCACUGUUUACAUGGACUACAUUAUAUUUCCCGCGUUAAAUGAAUAGGCGGAUUAAAUGUGUAAAGUGGUUGUUGCAAAUGUUAUGGGUCUUCACUUGACUUAACGGUCACACCAUAAAACUUAUUACUAUGAGAUUGUUAAACAUAUCUUUUACUUUUCAUUCAGACAUGCUAUACCUGCUUGAGAGAUUGACUUUUUAGGUCACCUGAAUUCAUUCAGGUGACCUAUUGCUAUCUGUUUUUGUCCGUCGUCGUGCGUUAACAUUUGAACAUUUUCAGCUUCUUCUCUGAAACCCCUGAACCAAUUUCAACCAAUUUUGGCAUAUAGCAUCUGUGGAUGGAGGGGAACAAAAAUUGUGAAAUUCGUGGUCCCUGCCCCCCUGGGGCCUGAGGGGUGGGGCAAAAACCAUCAAAAUGAGUGUAAUUUUAAAAAAUCUUCUUCUUUACUCCUGGACAUCAAGAAGCCAAACUGUGGGCAUAAUUAUAAUGAGCGUUGAGCCCUCUACCAAAAUUGUGAAAUUCAUGGCCCCUGGGGCAGGGGUUCUUGUGUUAGGGUGGGGCUCUAUUGGUCAUAUAGUGAAAGUGCAGAAAUUCUUUGAAAAUCUUCUUCUCUGUCUCUGGGUAUUAAGUAGACAAACUAAUAGCAUGGUAAUGAUGAGCAAGGAUGCCUCUUUAUACCCCCUGCAACAAGUUGUGGGGGGGUAUACUGGAAUCAGGUUGUCCGUCUGUCCGUCCGUCCGUCUGUAGACGCAAUGGUUUCCAGGCUCUAAAGCAUUAUCCUUUCCACCUACCGUCACCAUAUCAUAUAUAUGGACUACCCAUGGGAUGAAGAUGUUCCCUAUCGAUUUUGGGGUCAAAAGGUCAAAGGUCAAGCGCACUGGACAUUGAAGUAGCAAUAUGGUUUCCGGGCUCUAAAGUGUUAUCCUUUCCACCUACAGUCACCAUAUCAAACAUAUGGACUACCCAUGGGAUGAUGUUCCCUAUUGAUUUUGGGGUCAAAAGGUCAAAGGUCAAGUGCACUGGACAUUGAAGUAGCAAUAUGGUUUCCGGGCUCUAAAGCGUUAUCCUUUCCACCUACAGACACCAUAUCAUAUAUAUGGACUACCCAUGGGAUGAAGAUGAUCCCUAUCGAUUUUGGGGUCCAAAGGUCACACGCACUGGACAUUGAAGUAGCAAUAUGGUUUCCGGGCUCUAAAGCGUUAUCCUUUCCACCUACAGUCACCAUAUCAUAUAUAUGGACUACCCAUGGGAUGAAGAUGUUCCCUAUCGAUUUUGGGGUCAAAAGGUCAAAGGUCAUGCGCACUGGACAUCGAAGUGGCAACACUCAGAAAAGAGGUAGUUUAUACCUAUUACCAACACCCUUUGGGAGAUUGGGGUAAGCGGGGGGUAUUCUUAGUGAGCAUUGCUCACAGUACCUCUUGUUAAAAAUUGUGAAAUUCAUGGCCCCUAGAUCAGGGGUUCUGUUGCUAGGGUGGGGCUCUAUAAGUCAUAUAGUGAAAAUGCAUUAUUUCUUUGAAAAUCUUCUUCUCUGUCCUUGGGUAUUAAGUAGACAAACCAAUAGCAUGGUUAUGAUGAGCAAGGAUGCCUCUUUCAAAAUUGUGAAAUUCAUGGCCCCUGGGUCAGGGGUUCUGGUAUUAGGGUGGGGGCCCUAUUGAUCAUAUAGUGAAAAUGCAUUUUAUUUCUUUGAAAAUCUUCUCCUCUGCUGCUGGGUAUUAAGUAGACAAACUAAUAGUAUGAUAAUGAUGAUCAAGGAUGCUUCUUUCAAAACUGAAAUUUAUGGCCCCUGGGUCAGGGGUUCUGGUGCAAAGGCGGGGCUGACCACAUAGCUAUUCAAUGUUUCUUCCAUCCAAAAGUAAAAUUCUUAUAUUUAAACACAAACCUAAUUCAAACAUUGGAAGGUUGUUACAUAAUACUCAGGUAACCUAUAAGGCCCCUGGGCCUCUUGUUCCUAUAUAAAUUAUGAAUUACGAUUCAGCGUACAUGUGAAUGUGUAAAGCUCAUGUUCUAAACUGAUCUGGUGUAGAUUGAUAUUGUCUUUAUGUGUAUGUGGUAUUUAUGUAUAUAUAUAUAGAGAGAGAGAGAGACAGACAGACAGAGAGAGACAGACAGAGAGAGAGAGACAGAGAGAUUACUGAUAUUAGACAUUUUACAUAAUUUGUAAUAUGUAUUGACUUUUUUUGUAGUAUGCCUCAAGGGAACGUGUGAUGUUUUUACCAACUCGAAAUGUAAUAAGAUUUUAUAUAAUCAACAAAUCAACAGUUUUGUUUCAUUUUGCAUAGUCAUUGUGGAUGUUACAAAAAUAUUUGACUUAAGAUAAAAU